GUUUUUGUUUUGCUUGUGCCGCUGGCAGUUACUUUGUUGUUGUCUUGUGUUUAUGCAUUAUCGGCAUUUGUGUUCAGUUGGUCAUUCCGUAUCAAUUUCUAGUUUCGCGUUAUGAAUAUUUCAUAGUCUUGAACUGGUGUUGAGAAAAAAAUGUAAAUUCUGCAGUUGUGGCAUAAAUAUACAGGCAGAAAUAAUAAUUUGUAUGCAUAUGCAUAACAACAACAACUACAUAGUAAGAUAAGAAAGAAAAAAAACGUAGUUAACCAACAGCAUCAGUCAAAGCGGUUUGAUGUGUGGCGUGGAGUGUGAGCCGGAACAGCAGCCAGACAAGUUGUAGAAAAAAAUCUAUUUCCACAACGAAAAGUCAACGAAUUUUCUUGUAGUGUGAAAAAAAAAAAACUAAUAAAAGUUUUACAAAACGCAGAACAUAAAUAAAAAGCUGACGCUUUAAGAAAUAGCUACAUAUUUAUAGACUCAAGGUUGACGAGUGCCAAAGCGGCUUGAAAAAAUAAAAAGAAAAAAAAUACAAUGACUUCGGUUAUAAAGUACAUGUCGCUGGUGACCACCUGCUCGGUAUUUGCAGCGCUAAUUUCUAUUGUUUGGCAAGCAUUCUUGUCACUUAAACAAUUAAACAAAACCACUUCAAUUUUGACGGGGCUGCUGGCGAUUGAAGGCAGUUUAAAGAAGCCACUACAAGCGCCCAAGGUUGCUGUGGGUUAUGGUGCUUGCACAGAUUUGUUGUUGCAUGCGACAGACUUUCUAAACUAUACGGAGGAGUUGGUAAAAGGUGUUGGUCCAGAAUUUACAGUAGACGAAGUGAAUGACAGACAAGAGUUGCUACAAACAUUCGCAUAUUAUUUUCAAAAUGGUGCAGCAGCAGAACGCAUCAUGCCGAACACCGAUUUGUUUAGGGAACUUGUACAAAUUGCCAAAAAUAGACACCGUGACAGCAUACAAUGGUUCCUUGGCGGCAAUGCACCACUUAUGAGCACACGCUUUCAUUUGGAAGGCGCUGAUGUACUCUUAGGCGCGCGCAUGUCAAAGAAAUUACGUCGCCUAGUACCGGAAGAAAUAAAAAUAGCAGGUGAUGAGAUUCCUGAAGAUGACAUCCACUUAAUAUUGGAGUACAAGUCCGGUGACACCUGGGGUCCACUUGAAGCGCCACGCGCAAAUCGUUAUAUACUACACAGUGAUCAAAAUAAUCCGCAUUUGAAUUCAGUUGAACAUUUCGAUGCGGCUGUGCGUAAUUUCCGCCCACGUUUACUCGUUAUCAGCGGCAUACAAAUGAUGGAUAGCUAUAAAUUCGCACCGGGUGUACGUGAGGCCCGGCUACACAAAGUGCAAGAACAAAUCACAUCACAAACAUCGGCGACAUUGCAACAUUUCGAAAUGGCAAGUUAUGUCGAAAUCGAAUUGCUACAAUUGCUGCGCCAAUACGUGCUGCCAUAUGUGGAUUCGUUAGGCAUGAACGAGCAAGAGUUGGAAAAUUUGCGACAGGUGUUAACACAUGGACGCACAACGCUAGCUACGGACUGGAAUCCACGUUUGGCCACAGCCUUAGAUCAAAUGCGUGAUGUUUUUCAACUUUUAGCACAAGAUUACUACAAAAAUGCUACUGGCUUGCCACGGCGUCGCCUCCUCACACGUAUACAUGUGCAUACACUGGCCUAUCAAGCAUUGUUAACCGUGCGUGACUCGCAGUGGGAGCGCACACAAUUGGCUGCGGCUAAGGCAGCACUCACAGCACACCGGCAUGUUUGCCAAACUGAUAUGAUCAAUCCCGAAUCUGCAUUACUCAUCUUAGACGACAGUUUUUCUACCAGCGCACGCAACAAGAACAAAGCCAGUCGCAUACAAUUUAAUCCACAACAACCUGUGCCCUGCUGGAAUGAAACUAUCGCUGUGAAUGAUCAGAAGUCAUUACCUAUCGAGAUCUGUGUAGCUCCGGUGUUAGUGUGUCGUGUGGCAAAGAAAACUGCUGGCGCUGGCGACAAUAUUUCGGCGGCCGCGUUAUCCCAACAGUUGUAAAUGCAUAUGCAUGUGUAUAAGUGGCGUGCCGUGACGUUAUAUGUUAAGCAAGUGCCCUCUCCAAACGACUGUUGCAACCCAGAGUGACCUUAAAACACAUAUGGAUCCUAUGACCUGUAGUAAUGGACGGAACAAUAAUUUAAAAGAAAAUAUAUACACGUUUCUUUUACAUAUUUCUCAAACAUUCCACAACGCGCAAAUUAUAACCUAUUUGAUUGUUCCUUGAAGUGAUUGACGGUGUUUAUAUUAUAGCGUAUAUUCUAUAUUUUUAGUCUAAAAUUCAUAUUAACUGUGUUCAUUUAACUACGUGAACUGUAGUGUAAUAGUUAUAUUACAAUGUUGAUGAUUUUUGUUUUGUACGUGGUGACGUCUCGAUAAUUAAAUUACAUCCCUAGUUGUUUACUAAUUUAUUAGGCUGCAUUAAAAAUUUAAAUUAUAAGAGUAUGGAGAUAUUCGCAUAUUGAUAAAUUGAAAAAUAACAGAAAAAAAUAUACACAGUUAUUAAUAAAAUAACAAGAAAU